AUGGCUGUGUUUUCAUUAUCUAUCUAUCUAUCUAUCUAUCUAUCUAUCUAUCUAUCUAUCUAUCCUAGUCUCUUUGCAUCUAUCUAUCUAUCUAUCUAUCUAUCUAUCUAUCUAUCUCAAUUUGUUUACAUCUAUCUAUAUCAGCCUGUUCACAACUAUCCAUAUAUCUAUCUGAGUCUGUUCCCAUUUAUUGAUAUAUGUCAGUCUGUUCACAUCUAUUUCAAUCUGUUAAAAUCUAUCUAUCUAUCUAUCUAUCUAUCUAUCUAUCUAUCUAUCUAUCUAUCUAUCUAUCUAUCCCAGUAUGUUCACAUCUCUCUAUCUAACUAUUUAUCUAUCUUACUCUGUUCAUAUCUCUCUAUCUCAGUCUUCUGUUCACAUCUAUCUAUCUAUCUAUCUAUCUAUCUAUCUAUCUAUCUAUCUAUCUAUCUAUCUAUCUCAGUCUGUUCACAUCUAUCUAUCUCAGUCUGUUCACAUCUAUCUAUCUAUCUAUCUAUCUAUCUAUCUCAGUCUGUUCACGUCUAUCUAUCUAUCUAUCUAUCUAUCUCAGUCUGUUCAAAUCCAUCUAUCUCAGUUUGA